AUGAGUCUGAGGAUGAUAUUGAUAGUGGAGAAUUCUUCAAUUCUAGCCAAAUAGCCUUAGAAACAAUCAUAGAUGCUGAGAAUCUAUUUUUUGUAUCUGGACAUGAUUCUAAAGAUGCAACCGUUAAUCAGGAUGAGCUAGUACCAUUAAAGAAUACUCACAAGCAGUUAUUUUCUGAGAUUGAUGAUGAUUUGCCUUCAUCUCAUAUAAUGUCAGUAAUGGAAAAAUAUCAUGCAAAAUCAAC